AUGGGAGGUAUUUUAAAAAAUCCGCUGCCAGAUCAAAAUGGCAACCUUGAAGAUUCUGAGUCAAUUUCGGACUUCAGAAAGCAAGUCUACAAGAACACACAGUUGAACGCACAGCUUAACUCCAAGCACAGUAGCGAUAGAGGUGACCUGCCACUGUCACCGAAGAAGCACUCGAUUCCCAAGGACGUUUUGAGCUUGAAACACGAGCAUGACACGCAACUACAACACGAAGAGGAAGAAAAACUGAAAUGGAACCAGCAAAAUCUGGACGAAAACGACGUUGCCAAGCUGCAAUACCAGGAUAUAAACAUCGACGAGCCUAAGACGCCGUACCAGGGGGCCGUAGACCCUUCUGGCGAGUAUUACAGGGAUGACGAGGAGGAAGAGGAGCUCGAAAGCUUGUCCCUUGGGGAUCCCGUUGUCGCACCAAAAGAGGAAGAAGAAGAAGACGGAGAGGCAAUGGAGGAAGCCAGUGACAGCGAUCAGAGCUCAGAGGAGUCACCGGAGCUGGAUCAAGACUCCAAAGAAGCUCGUCACAAACGCUUCGAGGCCAUGAGAAAACAACACUACAACGUAAAAGAGGCUUUAAAUGCACGGAAAGACGAGGAUUCAGACGAAGACGAAGAAUAA